GAAAAUAAAGUCAAACUCUGUAACAUGUCUGUCUCCAUAUAAUUAAACAAAAUAAAAAAAAUCCAAAAAAAUUACCACUAUAAUUCACAAAAAAAAAUACAAUCAGAAGUCCGUUUUAAUAACCUUAAAAAUUUUCGAAACACCAUCAUGACGAAGCGAUCAUCAGCAAAUCACAGAUUCAAAAUGCAACUGCUCUCGGACAAGAGUGUCGUGCUCGUCGAGGUGACCGGCUAUGAGUCAGAGAUCUUUUUGCCGCAGAUCCAGCACGAUCGCAUUGCACUUGUCAACAUAAUACACAACCGGCAGCUGAGUAGCAAAUACGGGCUUGCCGCAAGCAACAGCAAGUUCGCCGCCAUACGUUCCAGCAAUUCCGGCUUUCGGGUUCACAAUAGUCGCAUCCGGCCCAUUCGUAAGAUCACAACAGGCAGUGCGGGAAAAGCGCCGGGCAUGUUGAACGUUAGCUCGCUGCGCUUCAACCUUAAGCUGAUCUCAAACGGCAAUGUAGUGCUGGCCGAAUGCAAUGGCUUCGAGUCUGAGAUCUUUCUGCCACACAUUUGCGGCCAUUGCGUUACUAUGAAACGCGUUACAGCCAGCGAGCUGGUGCAGUGCUCGCGACUGCGCUCCAAGGAAGCCAAGGACGAGACGGCAAUGCUAGCGACCGCGUCAUUGUUGCACGACAAUAAGGUGGUGUUGGUGAAUCUAGCAAGUCCCUUGCACAACAAUUCCAAUGCCUUUGUGGCCAAUGCUCCAAACCCCCGGGCACUACUCAAGCAGAAGAGGCUUCAGCAUCAAUUGCAUCAGCAGCAGCUCCAGCAACACCAGCAACACCAGCAACAACAACAACAGCAGCAACAACAACCGCAGCGACGUUGGCAGUCACCGCCACAAAAACAGCCUCAACCAUUGGCUUCAGCUUCAGCAAGUGGAGCCGGCGGCAUGGUUGGAUUAAACGCAGCGGGAGCAGCUGGCGAUCAGCGCUGUGUCGCCGGACGUUCGCGCAAGUAGUGAAGUGUCCCAAUAACUGGGGGGAAGUCUCGAAACAAACUAUCACACACGACAUGAUCGAACCGUCAUCGAAUAUUAACAUUUAUUUUUGUUCUGUCCCGUAUAUACUUUUUAAACUCAGUUCUGAACAUAGCAACAGUUUGGCGGCAACAAAGUCCUAGUCCAGGCUGAAGAAAACAAAAUGUAUUACAAGUUGCCUCCAUUGCAAUUUUCAAUGAAGUUGCUGCUGGACAGAAAGCUGGUGCUGGUGGAGCAUCCGGACAUUGAGCCACAGAUUUUCAUGCCACUGAUGGUCGAUAAUUGUGUGGCCUUUGAGAGAGUUGUCUUUGAUUAUGAUGAGUGGCCGCCAGAGGUGUUGGGGGCACCGCUGUUGCCACAACCAAAAAAGGUGCCACAGCCACCGAAAGUGCUUCAGCCACCGAAAGUGCUUCAGCCAACGAAAGUGAUCCAACCACCGAAGGUACCUCAGCCACCGAAAGUGCUUCAGCCACCGAGAGUGCAGCCCAAGAGUCAAUUAAAAGCGCAGAGGUCUGAACAAAUCAACACUAUCAACUACAUCGGCCACAGCAAGAAUACCGCCAGCAGCAACACCAUUGGAAACAGAAGUAACACAAGUAGCAAAAGCAACAAAAGCAACAGAAGCAACAAAAGCAACAGAAGCAACAAAAGCAACGUUACCAAUAUGAGCAACACAAGCAACAGAAGCAACAGAAGCAACCAAAGCAGCGGAAGUAACAAGCCCAGCGCCAGGUCGGAAAAAGUGCUGCCAGAGAUUUCGGAACAGACUAGCUCCCAAAUGCCGAGCAACGAAAUACUGUCUCCACUAAAUGUGACAAAUGCUAAGGUUUCGAACAUUCAAGGCGCUCCAAAGCCCAAUCACAGCCCAUUGCCUUUGGCGAGCAGAGCGAACGGACGCAAUGAAAAUAAUAACAAUAAUAUUAAUAGCGAGCGUCUCAAUUCGGGCAACAGUUCGAAGCCGAAAGCAAAGUCUGUCUCUCUACCGAACGCAAAAUUGCAUUCGCCAAGCCAAAUAAUGUAUAAGCGUUAUCCCAGUCCAGCUACAGGUCGAAAUCGCCUUUUAAGAACGAAACCGAUGCAGCAAAGUUCCGGCCCCCGUAUUCCGACACCCUCCGAGGUAAUACACCGCAUCGGCUCUGUGAUUACGAAUCGAUCAACAGUUGCUCCAAAGUAAUACAAGUACCCCGUCCAUCCACACUUGGCUCUAGGACUGCGCACAUGAUGCACAGCGGAUGAUCGCAUUCCCAUUGCCAUCCACUCUGCGACAUGUGCGACAGUACGAAGCGUACGAACAUGACUGUGUUAUAUCUUUGUUCCCUAUGUACCAUAAAUUAAAAGUGCUCUUAAAUCCAA